AUGGAGGAGCUGAGGUCCAGCUCCCCUGUGCUUAAGUUGGACCUGAACAACUUCCACUCUCCCGGAGCAGAGAGCAGCCGGCAUGUCUUAACGAACCCUCGCUCGCUGGAGUCUUGCGCUCGGCUGGGUGUAAAACCGGUUCAGCUUCUAAUUAAAUCUCUAAAUGACUUCAUUGCUGAGCGACAGGACGCGCCGUUUGGGACAAUGAGAGUCAUGCAUGAAUCUUAUGAAAAGGAGAGGCUGAAGAUUUUACAAAAGUGCGGCCAGGAACGGCGGAGGAUUAUCCAGGCGGCCGGGGACAGGCGGCCAUGCAGCAGUAAAGCCUCAGGUUUGGAGGCGUUGCCUGACACUGGACUGGAAGAGCGCUGCUCAACAGAAAUGCCCUAUGCAGAUCUCUGCUCUGAAGAGAAGGCUGUUAGCAGGUCCUCCUGCUCUGCUCCUAGUAAAAGGGAUCCAGAGAGGAGCACAGUGUGCAGGUUCAAUCUGGGAGACCUCAUACACUCCCCAGCUACCGAGAAGAAGCUGAAGAGGCUCACCAAGAACAUCCAAAAGCAGAUGUGUGUCACAGUAUCGGAGAGAGACCAGAAGAUAGCUGCUCUGAUGCUGGUGAAGCAUGAGGAGGAACAGGCUCGUUUGAAGCUCAGCCAGCAGGAGGAAUGGGAGCGACAGGAAGCCCGCAGGCAGGAGGCGGCCCAGCAAGUUCAGGCAGAAAAAAAGAGGAGGAAGAAGCUGAAGCAGAGUAUGAAACGCUGGAACGAGGAGCUGGAGGCCCGCAUGAGGCUGAGGGAGCAUCGAGAAAAAGAGAAAGCAGAACGGCUUAAGCAGGAGGUGCUGCUGCAAGAAGACCGAUGGAGAAGGCUAAAAGAGGAGGUGGAAGUGUACCGCAGGGAACAGAUGGAGGGUGCACAGAAGGAGUCGGAAGAGCGCAAACGCUACCAGGAGAAGCUGCUGAGGGAGAAGGAGGAGGUUGAGCUGCAGGGGGAGGAAGAGGAGGCGCAAAGGAGGAGCACACUGGAGAAGAAGUUGCAGCACUCCUGCCAAAGGCGUGCCAAGUCUGUAGAGGCACGACUCGAAGAGCUUCGGGAGCGGGCUGCCCGGGAGGAGGAGAUGAGUCAAAGAGUGCAGCUGAGGGCCGAGCUGCAGAGCGUCCAGCAGCUCACACACAAGCAGAUCCUGGUCCAGCUGAGCCAGAGACGCAUGGAGAGAGCCGCCCUGCAUGCCUCAGCGCAGCACAGACGCAGAGCUCAGCAAACCCGGCAGCACAACAGACACAGGCAGCUCUGCCACCAGAGGCUCAGAGAGGAACUACAGAGAGAGGAGGAGGCGGCGAGGAGAGUCAGAGAGAGCCGCAUCUCCACAAAGGAGCGGAAGAGGGAGCGGCUGAGAAGGCAGCGAGAGCAGAUACAGGAGGAGGCACAGAGGCUGGUUCGGGCCUCCUUUCACAUGAGGGAGAGAGUGAGGCAGCAGACGCACAGCCGGACCUUUGAUCAGAUGGCGCUUGAGGCUCAGCUGACUGCGUCUUUAAACCGCAUGACUCUGUGA